UCCAUACCGGCUUAUUCGUAUAUUUUAAAAUUGUUAACUUGCCAAUCAUUUACUAAAUAUAUAUAAACACAAAACAAAAAUGAGUCAUUUCAGUUUAAUAGAUGUGGGCAAAUUAAUGUUUAAAUUUGUGAAAUUUAAAUAUGAACAGUAUAGUAAACAGACUAAUAUAACCGAAAUAAUCGAUACCGACAAGGGACCAGUACAGGGUGUGCAACGUAUUACAAUAUGGAAUGAUGCCUACUACAGCUUCGAAAAAAUACCAUUUGCUAAACCACCACUUGGAGAUUUACGGUUUAAAGCUCCUGUACCCGCUGACCCAUGGACGACAGCAUUAGAUUGUAAAUCGCCUGCCCCACCACCGUUGCAAAAAAGCAUGCUCUUUAGUAAUUACAGAGGUUCAGAGGAUUGCUUAUACCUGAAUGUGUUUACUAAAGAUAUUAAACCUGCAGCGUUGCGUCCUGUAAUGGUGUGGAUUUAUGGUGGUGGCUUUCAAGCUGGCGAGUCUUCCCGCACUUUAUUUAGUCCAGAUUAUUUCAUGUCAAAAGAUAUUGUUUUUGUAAGCAUUACGUAUCGUGUCGGACCACUUGGUUUUCUAAGCAUUGAUGAUCCAGCUGUUAACGUUCCAGGCAAUGCCGGUAUUAAGGAUCAAAUACUUAGUCUAAAGUGGAUACAAACAAAUAUUGCUGCUUUUGGUGGUGAUCCAAAUAAUGUCACACUUUUCGGUGAAAGUGCUGGUGGUGCUUCUACACAUUUCUGUAUGCUUACAGAACAAUCGAAGGGUUUGUUUCACAAAGCUAUUUUAAUGUCUGGCAGCGCAUUAUGUCCAUGGGCUAUGGCGCCUAGAAAUCAGUGGGCACGACGUUUAGCACAAAAAUUGGGUUAUAAGGAUGACGAAAACAGCGGUGCUGAUAUUUAUAAUUUUUUGGUACAAUCUAAAGGUGCGGAUUUAAUAAAAGCGGCUGAUACCAUUCUUAUUGGUAAAGAAAAACAUAGACGUGUAUUGUUUCCGUUUACUCCAACUGUGGAACCAUAUAUCUCAGAGUCAAACAUUCUUAAUGAGCUAGCGUACAAUAUGUUGGAAAAGACCUGGAGUAAUGAUAUACCUAUAAUUAUAAGUGGUACGAGUUUCGAGGGUUUAUUAUUUUAUCCAGAUAUUAUUAAACGACCCGCAACUUUAGAUGAAGUUAAAAACUGCAAACACUUAUUGCCUGCUGAUUUAGAUUUGGACAAAACAGAUGAAAAGCUAGUGGAGUAUGGUUUGGCACUGAAAUCAUGUUAUUUCGGAGAAGAGGAAUGCAACGUUAAAAAUAUGAUGAAAUACUUGGAGGUAUAA